AAAGAAAAAGAGAGAAGCAUUAUAUACAUAUUGAUUGUACUAUUAUACAUUGUAGUCGCUUACCUAAUAUCUGUAUACCCAUUUGUUUCUUUGUCGUCUCCUUCCUUUCUCUCUCCUCUUUCUCUUUCUCUUUCUCUGUAUCUAUCUUUCUGGGUCUUUUUACUAAGGUUUAUGACAUGGUAAAAGGUAAAAGGGUACUGUUGUUUUAUGUUUACUUAUCUUUAUCUAUGGAAUGAUGAAUCAAUAGUGAUGUAUCUGCUAAAAAUAGCUUUGAUCUCUGUGUUUUGAAUGGACCCAGAUGGAUUUUUAGGCUUUAUCAGCUUCUGCUCUUUUUAUUUGCUUGUAAAGUUAUCAUCUUUUGACCCAAAAGAGCCUAAAUCCACACAGUGGAGGUGGAGGAGGUAGUGUCUUGUACUUGUUUAGGGUUCUAAUUUAAUUCCUUUUGAUUUGGCAUUUUUGGCACUGGAAAGAAGAAUUGGGAAGGAAGGGAAGUUGGUGAUUGUUAAAUGGGAUCUUGCUAUUCUGUUAUAGGGAAGAGGGGAAGGGAUGAUAGUGGUGAAGUGGAGGAAACUAAUGCUGCAUCAGCAGCUUCUCCUAAGAGGCACAGGUGGAAAAAGAAAUCAACAGGUGGUGGCAGCGGCGGAGAUGAAAGUUUGCUAAAUCACAUUCCUGGUAGGAUGGCCAGAAAUGGUGCUUCUAAUAUUGCUUGCUUGUACACCCAACAGGGCAAGAAAGGCACCAAUCAAGAUGCCAUGCUUGUUUGGGAGAAUUUCCUUGCGAGAAGUGAUACAGUUUUUUGCGGGGUAUUUGAUGGUCAUGGUCCUUUUGGUCAUAUGGUUGCCAAGAAAGUACGAGAUUCCCUUCCACUUAUUUUGUGUACUCAGUGGGAAGAUGGUUCCAAUGAAAACCAGACCAGCCUACACAAAUCUGGAAACACUCUUGGAAGAACAAAUUCUGAGGAAGCUGCAUCUGCAAGCAUGGAUGAUGAGUCACAUGAUUCUUUGGAGGUUGAGCAAAAUGAAAAACUCCCAGAGAAUUGUUUGCCACUUAAAAAGUCUUUGCUGAAGGCUUUCAAGUUAAUGGACAAAGAACUAAAAAUGCAUCCAACAAUUGAUUGCUUCUGCAGUGGAUCGACUUCUGUUACUUUGAUAAAGCAGGGCCAGGAUCUUGUAAUUGGAAAUCUUGGCGACUCCAGAGCGGUUCUGGCAACCAGAGAUGAAGACAACUCUUUGCUUGCCGUACAACUGACUGUUGACUUGAAGCCUGAUCUGCCAAGGGAAGCUGCAAGGAUCCAGCAAUGUAAAGGAAGGGUCUUUGCAUUGAAGGAUGAGCCAGAGGUUGCACGUGUAUGGUUGCCUAACAAUGACUCUCCUGGUCUUGCAAUGGCUAGAGCUUUUGGGGACUUCUGUCUGAAGGAUUUUGGUUUAAUUUCAAUCCCAGACAUUUAUUAUCGCCAUCUUACCAAGCAGGAUGAAUUCAUAAUUCUUGCUACUGAUGGGGUUUGGGAUGUCCUCUCAAAUAAGGAAGCUGUCGAUAUUGUGGCCUCAGCCCCUAGUCGUGCAACAGCAGCCAGAGCUCUUGUAGACUGUGCAGUUCGAGCAUGGAGGCUUAAAUAUCCUACUUCCAAGAAUGAUGAUUGUGCUGUUGUUUGCCUCUUUCUCGAACAUUUAUCUGAAGCUAAUGGAGAGGUGGAGUCGGAUUUGAAAAAGAUUCCAAAUGAGCCAGUGGAGAGUGUGAUGAAAUCCAAUGAAACUGUUGGGGAAUUGGAAACACAUGAUGAUUCUCAUGCUUAUGUUCUUAGUCAUUCAGACACAAUACGAGGCUCUGAUGAGAUAGUUCCUGUCUCUGAGUUGACAGAGGAAAAGCUUUCUUUGAAGAGUCAGAGCCAGUCAAAGAGGAGUCUAGCCGAGUGCAUUUCAACCGCAGAGGACGAGGAGUGGACAGCCUUAGAAGGUAUUACAAGGGUUAAUAGCUUACUAAGCAUUCCUAGAUUAUUAUCAGGUGACAGAAGAACAACCAGUUGGAGGAAGUGGUUGUGAAAUGUCUAAGCUUCUAUGGUCCCUUUUACUCGAAAUGAAACAUGACUCAAAUGAAAAUGUUUUACAAUCAAAUCAAGCUAUCUCAAGGAAUUAAACUGAUGAAAUUCAUUGACCUUGAGAAUAUAUGAAGAUGCUGUCUGGCUGCAAAUUGGGACAUAAAGGUAUAUAUAUCAGUAUGCCAGCUUAGUUUUGAUUAGCCUAGGCGUAUUUCCUUCACAAAAAGUAGGCAUCACAAUUUUUGGUGAUAUUAUCUGUUGGAGAAUGGAUUAUAAAAUAAUAUUGUUUGUUUCCUGUCAAUUUCGCAUUCUAAGUCCAAUUUUCCUCCUUCAAGAUUUUCUUUGAAUAA